AUGCCUAAAUCCUAUCACUAUUUUGGGUAUUGUUUGAAGCCAAGAUGCCCACUGAAAAGAGGCGGAUUCAGGAGAGGGAGAGACGAUUCAGGAGGCAGCAAGGGCAGCACAUCACUGCAGGGUUGGCUGCGAAAAAGCCAACCAGCAGAUGAGGAGGAGCAGUCACAAGCCUCCAGUCUAUGUGAGGAAAAUGUGGACCAGGAGGAGGCACAUAGAUCAGGCGUUUCCUCUGUUUCUGUGGUUCUGAAUCACCCGACAUCACUUCACUGCGGCUGUGGUGAAAACGUCAUAUGGAGGAAGACCUUACCCAUAGAAGCAACUGUUGCUGAAUGCCAAAAGAAGAAAUGCAUCAUAAAAGAAAGUCUUCGGGAAAGAUUUGCAGUCACGCGUGAAAAAAACUACUCUCUAUUUCUCAAGUCAGCAAAAUACAAUGACCUGGGGCAAUACGAGUGCAGCUGUGACGGCUUUAUCAAGCAAGUUAACCUGGAGCUUGUAGUUCCUAUAAACGUGACAGCUGCUGAGCUGGGGAACGUCACUCUCCCGUGUUAUGCGGAUACUCAAAGCGGUGUCAGGGAUGUGACGUGGCUCCAUAAUGAACAAAACGCUCUUCACUUCACUGAAAAUGGAGCCACAACCCCAGGCGAUGGUUAUGAGGACAGAGUAUCGCUGACAAACGACGGAUUCAGAGACGGAGAUGUGUCUCUGACCAUCACUGGUGUCCAGAAGAGAGACGCGGGAUUAUACCGCUGCUUCGUUCAGGAGGAAAAUACUAAAGGAUACCCACACGCCUACAUGCUGCAUGUCAACGAGAAGCUCAGCGGUGCAGGAGGAGACCAAACUGAGGACAGCCACACUGAGAAACAAGCUCACAUUGGACUGAUCUUAUCUUUCUCACUUCUCAUUUGUUUCUCUCUCUUCAUUUGCUUUCUUCUUAUUCUUUCAUGCCGUAAGAAGAAGGGGGGUUGGUUGUACUUCGCACACUGGUACAGUGGAUUAGAAGUGGCAUUAUAAUGCAUUAUAAAUGUACCAAAUCCUUGUUGUUGUAUAUAAAAAAAUUGUGUAAGAUUGUACAUUUUACAUCAUAGUCUACAUUUUAAUAUUUGAAACAGUUAGUAUUAGAUGCCAGAUAUUAGCCUAUUUAGUAAGACUCUGGAUAAUUGAUUUUUAUAAUAGAGAUCGCGGUUCUCCCAAGAU